AUGACGUUGAUCAAGGCCAUAAAAGCAAACGAUUUGAUGUCAUUGGACGAACUCCUACAGUCACCAGAAUGCAAUUUGGAGGUUCUUGGAAUGUGGGACAACACUCCCUUGCUCGCGGCUUGCAUGUAUGGGCAUUCCGAGGCUGCUCUCCAACUCAUCGCUCAUGGGGCCGACAUCUUCGCCAGGAACGAGCACGGUGCAACGCCACUGCUCUACGCCUCAGUGGAGGGCAGCGUUGAUGUGGCCGGGGCUUUGAUUCAGGCUGCGAGUCGCAACGGCACAGAAAGCAGCCUCAAGUUGCUGAAUUGCCAACCUGCCAAGGUGUACAAUCGUCACUUGGAUGCGUACGGUCAGCGUACUCCCGUGGCUGCUGCUGCUGAGAGCGGCUUCGCAGAGUUGACUCGGAUGUUGAUCGAUGCUGGUGCACGACUCGACGAAGCCGACGAGGACAACCGGAGCCCUUUGUGGCUGGCCGCGCGCUCCAGCCGAUCUGGAGUCGUAAAAUUGCUCCUCCAGCAUGGGGCUGACCCCGGGCGGCUCGACAAGGAUGGUGUGUCAGUUCUCGGCGCCGCCACCGCCGGUGGAUGCAGCGAGGAGCUGGUCGCGGCAAUCCUUGCGCACGGCAUCGACGUCAAUGCUACAGCUGGAUCACCUCUGCGCGAUGCCGUAAAGUCAUCGAAGAAGGCUGUCGUGGAAGCAUUGCUGACACACGGAGCAGCUGUCAAUGGGACAGCUACUAGUGGUGGUGCCACAGCUCUACACGCAGCUUGUGAGCGUGGUGACGAGUACUUGGUGCAAUUGCUUGUUCGUUCUCGUGCAGAUCCUUCGUUCACCGAUGUGUCUGGAUUGACUGCCUUUGACUUGCUGCGCCGCCGCGGGCUUUCUGAUGGGAAAAUUGUCGCAUUGCUAAGUCCACCAGCUUCCGGAGAUGACGGCGGAACCGGCAGCAUGCACGCUGCCGCAGGAUGA